AUGAAACCGGCUACUAAAUUGGCCAAGGAAAACGCCAAAAGGUUAUGCUACCCUGGUUUUUACCGAGGGGUUCUUUAUAUAUGGAAGAGUGGUACAAAAAUAUUGAAAUACCCGAUUUUCGAAUUAAACCUACGCCUAAUGGCUGGAUUAACGACAAUACUACUUUCGAAUGGCUUUAUUCUUUUUAUAAAGCCUCAAUAUCCUAGGUUAAGAAGGUUUAUUGAAUUUUAUAACCAGCAUUUUAUCAUCCCUUUCUUCUUUUUACCCCAUAUAACCCAUUUCUAUCAACCACUAGACAGUCAAGCAUUCCAAAUACUCAAGCAUCAUUUUCUCCGUGAUCUAGAGAAGAUUAACGACCAAUCUCAGGUAACUAGACGGUAUAUUCGGCGAAGUAUAGAUACAAAUCUACUUUUAUCCCAAGAGGUCGCUAUUCUCAAAGCAGAAUUAAAAAAGGCUGGUAUCUCCAGAUCAAAUGCAGAAGCUAAGAAAAAUGGACGAUCGAUUCUUGGUACACGGGGCUUAGUACUAGCACCAACCUACGCAAAUAAGAAGAUGGUAGAUAGGCGAACGGCCGAUUCUAAAAAGUUGGAGCGGUUCCAGGCAAAAUAUGCCAAGAAGUUGGAAGCUGAACAGCAAGCCCAAAAGGCUAGGGAUUUAGUUGAGGCUGAGCAUAAAGCUUCAAUGUUAGCAAGGAAUCCUAAUCAUGGAAAUUGGUAUAUGGAUAGUCAAGGUGGUUACUUGUAA